CUCUAUUUCUCUCUCUGUCAUCCCCAAUUAGAAAAGAAAAGAAGGGAACAUAUUUUUGAUAUUCUUUGUUGAGAUAUUUACAUCAAAACCCUCCCAACAACCAUGGCUUCGCUUCCGGUGAAGCCUCUAUCUUCCGGCCACUUACAGCUUCAUCGCCGGAAUCUUAUUAUUCCGUCUUCAAUGGGAACCGUUGGUUUCAAAAGGCAUAAUUUCUUAGGAGUCUCUUCUUAUGAUUUAUGUAUUGAUGAAUCUGUGAGGCAUAUGAGAAGCCUUAGGUCGUCAAGCAAUCGUUGGCCAGUAAGCAAAAGCGCCGGCGUGUCUAUGCCGGUGGCUUCCUCUGAUGAUUUUCCGGCGGUUUCUUGGGAAACUUGGAAGCCCGAAAAGACCACGGUGGCUCCGUCGCUGAGUGACGUCAUCUGGCCUGCAGCAGGAGCCUUUGCGGCGAUGGCGAUACUGGGAAGAAUAGAUCAAAUGCUAAACCCUAGAGGGAUCUCAAUGUCGGUUGCACCACUUGGUGCCGUCUCUGCCAUUCUCUUCAUCACUCCUUCUUCUCCUGCUGCUCGGAAAUACAAUAUGUUCACGGCUCAAAUAGGCUGUGCAGCCAUUGGAGUGUUGGCAUUCUCAGUCUUUGGGCCAGGCUGGCUUGCCCGCAGUACGGCUCUCGCCGCUUCCAUCGCCUUCAUGGUCAUCACUCGUGCCAACCAUCCGCCUGCGGCGAGUUUACCACUACUGUUCAUAGACGGGGCAAAGUUGCAUAAACUGAACUUUUGGUACGCAUUAUUCCCCGGUGCAGCCGCUUGUAUCCUUCUCUGCUUCCUCCAAGAGAUCGUGUGUUACUUGAAGGAAAACUUCAAAUUUUGACGAAUGGAAAAGAGAAUAAGAGAUACGUGUUUAUAUAAAUGUAUACAAAACACAUAUUGGGUGGAGGAGAUUAUGUGAAGAUUUUUGAUUCAUGUUUAGACGUUUACUUUAGAUGGUCGGCGUAUUUCGUACGUAGCCGUAUAUAAAUGAAUAUAUAUACAAAUAUAUAUACGUUUCUAUGAAACCUGUAAUUUAUUUAUCUAUUUUUUUCUUUAAGUUUGGCUAAAUUAAAUUAC